CUUCUAUGGAAAUUAAUGGAAAUCACCCGGCAGAAGCUGACUAUGACACAUCAAAAUUCCAUGUCAUCGUUGUAACGGCUUACAUAAAAGUAUUAAUAAUUUCUUAUGGUACUAUUGAACUUCCGGUUAAGAUAAUUCAAUUGCUCAAUGCUUUCACACCUCAAAAUGAGCUGAACCGAUUUCGAGAAGUCUACUUGGUGAUGGAAUUGAUGAGCCACAAUCUUCACGAAGUGAUAUCUAAACUUCGGCUAGAUCACAAGACCCUAUCUUUCUUUGUAUAUCAAAUGCUAUGUGCUAUCAAACAUUUGCACAACUCAGGUGAUCUAAAACCGUCAAAUAUUGUUGUUAAUGAUAGAUGCAUCUUGAAAGUAUUGGAUUUUGGCUUAGCAAGAAAGAAGACAGUUGACACAGCUAUGCGCAUGAGCGACUAUGUCGUUACGCGAUAUUAUCGCGCUCCGGAAGUAAUACUUGGAAUACCGUACUCAGAGAAAGUUGACAUCUGGUCUGUUGGCUGCAUAUUCGCAGAGAUGAUUAAUCAUCGUGUCCUGUUCCCUGGUUUGGAUAGGGUUGAUCAGUGGACAAAGAUUAUCAAUGUAAUGGGAACACCUAGCGAGGAUUUUAUCUCACAACUUGGCAGCAGUGCAUCAGUGUAUGUGCGCUCGUUACCGCGUCAGACUGGAAAGUCGAUCGAAGAAAUAGCACCAGAUGUGAAUUUUCUCAGUAAUACUGAGAAUGCUAGAGCUAAUCUUACGGCUGAAUGUGCCCGUGAUUUGCUAGCAAAGAUGCUGGUCAUCAAUCCAGACAAUCGUUACUCUGUUGAGGAAGCCUUGAAUCACCCUUAUGUUAAGGUUUGGUUCCGGGAUGAUGAAGUCAAUGCUCCUCAGUCGGAAAAUCGAUAUAGAGAAGAAAUUGACAAUGCUGAUAAGCAAUUAGCGGAAUGGAAGGCGCUGAUUUUCGAAGAAGUUAAACAGUAUGAACAACGCCACGAUAUUUUUGGAUCAUAAAA